AUGGCCAGCUCGGGGUCCUCGGCUCCCUGCGGGUGUCUCUGCGUCUCCCGAGCUUCCCUGCCUUGGCUGGGGGCAGCGCUGCUGCUUCUCGCCGACUGGGUGCUGCUCCGGCCGGCGCUGCCCCGGAUAUCCUCCCUGCUGCUGCCCCCAGCGCUGCCGCUGCUCCGGGUCUGGGUGGUGGGCCUGAGCCGUUGGGCUGUGCUGUGGUUGGGGGCCCGCAGCGUCCUCAGGGCGACGGUUGGCUUCCGGGGGAAAAGCACAGGACUUCAGGGAUGGCUGGCAGCUUUGGAGCCGCUGGCGGCGGCUCUGGGCUUGGCUCUGCCGGGACUUGCCUUGUUCCGAGAGUUGGGCUCGGGAGCAGCUGACAGAACGCGGCUACUGCACUGGGGGAGUCGCCUCGAUGCCUUCGCCCUCAGCUAUGCAGCGGCAUUGCCCGCGGCCGCCCUGUGGCAUAAGCUUAGGAGCCUUUGGGUGCAAGGAAGUCACGGAGGCUCUGGAGUGACAGUGAGCCGGCUUCUCGGCUGCCUGGGCUCAGAGAUCCGCCACCUCUGGCUCCUUCUGACCCUGGUGGUCCUCUCCAGCCUUGGGGAGAUGGCCAUUCCGUUCUUCACAGGCCGGCUCACUGACUGGAUUCUACGAGAUGGGGCAGGCGCUGCCUUCACGCAGAACCUAACUCUCAUGUCCAUCCUCAUCAUAGCCAGCUCGGUGCUGGAGUUCGUGUGCGACGGGAUCUAUAACAGCACCAUGGGCCGCGUGCACAGCCACCUGCAGGGAGAGGUGUUUCGGUCUGUCCUGCGCCAAGAAACAGAGUUUUUUCAGAAGAAUCAAACAGGUGCCAUCACAUCUCGGGUAACAGAGGACACAUCUACUGUGAGUGUGUCUCUGAGUUCGGAGCUGAGCCUCUUGCUGUGGUACCUCGCACGGGGACUGUGUCUCUUAGGGCUCAUGCUCUGGGGGUCACCUCCCCUCACCAUGGUCACCCUGGCCGCCUUGCCACUGCUUUUCCUUCUGCCUGAGAAGCUGGGGAAAUGGCACCAGGUGAUGGCAGCACAGGUGCAGGAAUCUCUGGCAAAGUCAAGCCAGGUGGCCAUUGAGGUUCUGUCAGCUAUGCCUACUGUCCGGAGCUUUGCCAAUGAAGAGGGUGAGGCCCAGAAGUUCAAGCAAAAGCUGCAGGACAUGAAGACACUCAACCAGAAGGAGGCCCUGGCCUAUGCGGUCGACCUCUGGACCACCAGUAUCUCAGGGAUGUUGCUGAAGGUGGGAAUCCUGUAUGUUGGCGGGAAGCUGGUGACAGGUGGGGCUAUAAGCAGUGGAAACCUCGUCACAUUUGUUCUCUACCAGAUCCAGUUCACCGAAGCUGUUCAGGUACUGCUGUCCACCUACCCCAGGGUACAGAAGGCUGUGGGCUCCUCAAAGGAAAUAUUUGAGUAUCUGGACCGAAUCCCUCGCUGCCCGGCCAGUGGAUCGUUGACUUCCUUAAAGUCGGAGGGGCUUGUCAAGUUCCAGAAUGUCUCCUUUGCCUACCCGAACCGACCAGAGGUCCCAGUGCUGCAGGGCCUCACGUUCACUCUACGUCCUGGUGAGGUGACCGCCCUUGUGGGGCCCAAUGGGUCUGGGAAGAGCACCGUGGCUGCCCUGCUGCAGAACCUGUACCAGCCCACGGAGGGGCAGGUGCUGCUGGGUGAGAAGCCCCUUCCUGAAUAUGAGCACCGCUACCUGCACAGACAGGUGGCUGCGGUGGGGCAAGAGCCACAGCUCUUUGGAAGAAGUUUUCAAGAAAACAUUGCCUAUGGCCUGAGCCAGAAGCCAGCAAUGGAGGAAGUCAUAGCUGCCGCCAUGGAGUCCGGAGCCCAUAGCUUCAUCUCCAAGCUCCCGCAAGGCUAUGACACAGAGGUAGGUGAGGCUGGGAGCCAGCUAUCAGGGGGUCAGCGACAGGCAGUGGCCUUGGCUCGAGCCUUGAUCCGGAAACCACGGGUACUCAUCCUGGAUGAUGCUACCAGUGCCCUGGAUGCCAACAAUCAAGCACAGGUGGAGUCGCUCCUGUAUGAAAGCCCUGAGCGGUACUCCCGGUCUGUGCUUCUCAUCACCCAGCGUCUUAGUUCCGUGGAGCAGGCCAAUCACAUCCUCUUUCUGGAAGGAGGCACCAUUGUUGAGGAGGGAACCCACCAGCAGCUCAUGGCUAAUAAGGGGCGCUAUUGGACCAUGUUGCAGGCUCCUGGUGGGUCAGAUGCUCCUGAGUGAAGCUCUUCUCAGACCUGCACACUCCAUCUCCCUCCCUUUUUCUCUCCUCUGUAUAGUGGAGAAUUUGAGAACAAGGGUCUUAACUAGAGCUGCAGCUGCUUCUGGGGGGAAGGGGGGGUCACAUUCUAAAAUGUAACCCCCUAGGUAAUGCCUGAGAUUUUGGCAUGAGUGUCACCCACUGUCCAAGCUCCUCUUGAUAAUGCAGAUUUCCUGGAAGAAAACCGGGCUUAUAACUCUGUAGUGUAACUCCUUGGAGCCAGGUUGGUGUGGCUAGAACCCUGAAAAUGAAGUGAAAUAUUUAAAAUACGCAGAAAGGGAAGGUCAGCUCCUUUCGGUCUCACCAGAAGCAUGUGCUGGCCCAUAAAUACCCUGUGGAUUCUUGGUAUUUAUAAUAAAAUUGGUGUUUCGUA